AUGACAGACAUCAGCUCCGCUUCCGGGUCAUCAUCCUCCUCCUCCAACUCCGUCUCGUCCAGCUCCUCCCGUCUUAUUGAACCUCAGUUUCGUUUGGCCUGUGAGGAAUGCCAUGUCCGCAAGGUUCGCUGUGAGCCGUCGCUCACCGGAUCUGGGGGCAGUUGCGAGGCAUGCCGGGUCAAUCAGCGGCGCUGUCUCUUUUCCCUCCGGAGCAAGAUCGGACGACCCCGUAAACAGGCGUCAUCCACCAAUACCAAGACCGCGGUGCACAAUACCACUGGUAUGUCUGUUUCUAGUGGGUGUCCACCAAGUAUGACAGUCCUGCAGAUGCUGGCGCAAUCGGACGACUUGCGAAAGGAGCUGAACGGUUCACAGUCGCCAAAAGACUGGUCACAGAGCCAGUCAAAUGGCCGUCGGCGCGUCCCAGUGGAAACAAAUCAAUGGGGAAAUACGGCAUGGCACCCGAUUUCAGAAAACCUCACAAUGGACCCCGUCGGCGAUAUAUCUGCAGUGUACAAUUUCGAAGAAACCGGGGGAUUUGGUAUUGAGAGUGAGCGCUUUGGGCAGUUGAUGACACACAAUUCUGUUGGUGCUCAGAUGGAACCCUUCUCAUCAGAUUUCGCACACGCUGCAGAGUCACUUCAGAUGGAUGCGUUCAUGACGGAAAAUUGGUAUGUCGCAGGCGGCGUCAUUGAAAGUUCCGAAACCGACGGCGAGCAAGACUUCAACAACGCUUUGAAGCUCUAUGGAGAACUCCACAAUCGCUGCAAGGCUACUUCUCUCAAUAUACUGGCUGAGAGUGACCAAGAUGAGCUCUCUUCAGUCUUUCAGAUUUUGGACAAGCUCAACCAAAUAACGUCUGUGCUUCAACACAAUCCAUCCUCACAGCUGCAGCGAACAGAGCAAUCCAAGUGGAGAAUCGUCCGGGUAGCGGUGAUGGAGGCGGUCGAAAUGUGUAUCGGGGUCAUUGAAUUCAACUUUCGGCUCCACAAAAACCUUGGGACCGCAGAUGAUGGGCGAUGCUCCGCAGAGGAAUCCUCCCCAGCCAGCUCUAGCUCCGGCAAUUUGGCGGGAUGCAAUGGUUUCACGCCCAAGAACGAGCACCGUCUUGGAGUUCAGCUGAAGGCCCUUGAGCUCCUCCUUCGCCUGGACCACUCGCUCGUCCGAUUCAGGCUCUUCAUGUCCAAGCUGGAUUGUUCUCAUGGUAGUGAUCAUUACCACGACUCAUCAUCAAUCUCGGGGAACAUGUCUCGCGCACCCUGCAAAUGUUGGAUCAUAUCCAUACCGGAAAUUGGAACUGUUCGUUCCCAGAUUUCAGAGUUAUCCGACAGAUUGCGAGGUCUGUGGGACUAG